AUGAAGCCAGCUUUCGGCCCCCGGACAUUGCUCCACCGAAUCCGUGGCCGCCUAGUGUUCUUUUUCGUAGCCCUAGUCCUCGGCUGCAUCUGCCUCGUCUCGAAUAAGGCUGUCGGCCACCUGUUCUCCAUUCCACCCCAUUCCACAGCCCCCGAAGCCGCCGACUCGGGCGACUGGAGCACGUAUAAGCACUGCUUCCGGCCGGAUCGCUUAUCCCCGCGCCGCCCGCGGGCGAUUGCCGAGCAGACGCAGUUGUACCACCUCGCGGGCGCCCAGCUAUCCGAGCUCCUCCCGCUGCAAACCGCACACGUCGGGGGGGGGAUCCCCUGGUCCGCUGUCACGGAAAAGCACCCCUCGCUGUUGACGCACGAGAUCGUGCGGGAGUCCAAAGAGACCCCGGCACAGGCCGCCCGCUGGUCCAUAAGCACUCCCCCCGAGGCGGACGGUUUUCUGCACGUGCUGGUGGGUAAAUUUCCGUGCGCAGAGCACGGGCUUUGCGCGCUGCCGUGGCUAAUCCGCCCGAAUUCCACGGACAUGCGGUCUCUCUGGAACCACUUCCUGGAGAAUGAGUACGGCCUGCUGCUGGACGCACAGAACUUCGACCCCGAGUACAUUCUCGACGCCGGGGGGGUGGGCAUGGCCCCCGUCUUCUUCGCACUCCUGUACCCCCAGGCGACGAUUCUACGACUGGACCCCCACCCGAGCAACUUCCACGUGGGGCUCCUUAACUCCCUCCGGCUGCCCAACAUCAAGCAGGUUAACCUCGGGUUAUGGGACAAGGAGACCACGCUGCAAAUGUGCGACAACGUGGACAUAGAGUGGGGCCCCGACUGGCCGUUCGAGGGGUCGCAGCAGCAGGCGUACUUCUCCCGAGAGCCCAGUGACCCCCCUUGCAAGAAGGUGGCGGUGGAUGGGAUCCACGUGGCGCGCUUGUCGUCCAUCAUGCAGACGUACAACAUCCCGCGGUUCGACCUCAUGAAGGUGGACAUUGAGGGGGCGGAGUUCCGGGCGUUCAAAGAGCCGAGCAUGAAAAGGAUACUUUCGGAGACAACCCUGUUCCUAGCGGAGCUCCACGACUGGGUGAUCCCCGGGGCGGUGAAGAGCGUGCGCGACGCCUUCCGCGCGGUCGGCGGCUUCACGCACUUCGCCUACGACGAGAACGACGCGUGGAUCAGGACGCGCGCAAUCAGCGCGUGCCACGUGGAGUAG